AUGUCUGUUGAUGCAGUUGGAAGACAAGGUCUAUCACCAUUACAAAAGUGCACCGCCGCUAUUCGUAUGUUGGCGUAUGGAUCACCUGCUGAUAGUGUUGACGAGUACGUUCGAAUUGGUGAAAGUACUGCAAUUGAGUGCUUAAAGAAUUUUGUAGAAGGCUCAAAUAAUGACAUUACUGUGCUAAACCAAUCUCCCGUGUUUAAUGAGGUUUUGCGUGGAGCUGCUCCCAUGGUGAAAUUUAGAGUGAAUGAAACAAUGUAUCACAUGGGAUACUAUCUAGCAGACGGUAUCUAUCCCGAGUGGGGUACAUUUGUGAAGACCAUCCCAAUGCACAAGGAGAAAAAAAGCAAAAGUUUGCCAAAAGACAAGAAGCAGCAAGAAAGGACGUGGAACGUGCAUUCGGAGUGCUCCAAUCUCGGUUUGCGAUUGUCCGUGGUCCAUCACGCUGGUGGCAUCCGAAUGAUAUGA